UGAUAUUCAGAAGUGAAAGGCUGUGUUCGAACCGGCACGUCUGCCGUCUCCGGUCCAACUACUUGUGUGUGUUUUGUGUCGUUGACGGCGUCCUCCUCCUUGGAAUCACCUCGGUUUUGUUGGUGUGCUUUGUAUCCAAAAGCAAACAUGGAGAUCGAGAAGGAAGUGAAGAAGAUGACGCUGGGUCACGAGUUUGGGGCCGGAGCGGCCUGCUUGAAGUGUAAAGACAAGUGUGAAGGCUUUGAGCUUCACUUCUGGAGAAAAAUUUGUCGUAAUUGCAAAUGUGGCCUGACGGAGCACAACGUGCAGAUGAACUCUGAGGAGAACAAGAAGGUCGGCAAGCUGUUCGAGGACACCAAGUACACCGGCCUCAUCACCAAGCUCAAGACGGAUGGAGUCCCCGUGUACCACGGCAAUGCAGUCACUAUCACUUUAGCCAGCCCGGCCACCGCUCACACAGUGUUACCCGCCGUCGCAUCCAUUGCCGUGCCUCAUGCAGCCUCAUCCACAGCCACCGUGACUCCAGCCACCGCAGCUGCUUCUGUCCGACCCGCUGCAGCCUUUGGGGGGGCGGCGUCCGGCGUUGGGCAGGCUCAGCUUGCCCCAGCUGCCGUCACCCCCCUCAAAGUGAGCACAGCGACAAUUUCCAUCGGUUCGUCUACAGCUGAUGUUGUGCCGGUCACCAAAGACACGCCUCUGAAGUCUGUCACGUAUGAUUGGGCCCCCCCUGUGGCAAACAAAUGUGUGGCGGUGCGCUACAUUGAGCUGCUCCCACCAGAGAAGCGGCCCGUGGCCGGCUCGGAAGGAGCCGCGUACCGUCGUCAGCAGAUGGCCCACCAGCUACCUGAACACGACCAGGACCCCGCCAAAUGCCACCAGCUUAGCCCGGCGGAGGUCAAGCAGAUGCAGCAGUACGUGCGCAAGUACAAGGACGAGGCCCUGGGGAUCGGGGACGUCAGGCUGCCUGAGGAGAUGGUUCUGGUGCAGGCGGCAGCGGGUCAGGUUGGACCAGGUGGUGCUGGUGCAGCUGGAGGGCCUAAAGCUGGAGCCGUAUCCAGCAGAGUGGGCCCAAAGGGUGCUCCUGGAGCUGCAGGGACUGGAGCUGGCGCCACGUCAGGAAGUUCAAGUCCAGCUGGAGGCGCUGUGGGUACUGCAGCCACCGCUGGAGCCAUGGUUGCCCCUGGAGCCCAACAAACUAGACCCUCACAGCAAAACUUUUCGUGCCGCCACUGCGAGCAGCCGAUGCGUAUGGGUGACCCUGCUGUGUACGCAGAGCGCGCCGGCUACGACAAGCUGUGGCACCCAGCGUGCUUUGUGUGCUGCACGUGCAACGAGCUGCUGGUGGACAUGAUCUACUUCUGGAAGAGGGGCAAGCUCUACUGCGGUCGUCACUACGGCGACAGCGAGAAGCCGCGCUGCGCCGGUUGCGACGAGCUGAUCUUCUGUAACGAGUACACUCAGGCCGAGGGUCACAACUGGCACCUGAAGCACUUCUGCUGCUUUGAAUGCGACCUCAUCCUGGCGGGAGAGACCUACGUGAUGGAACAGGACAAGCCUGUCUGCACGCCCUGCUACAUGAACAACUACGCUGUGAAAUGCUCGUCCUGCCAGCAGUCAGUGGAACCAGAAGCCCAGCGUGUGUCGUACGGCGACUACCACUGGCACGCGGCGCCUCAGUGCUUCAAGUGCUCGGGCUGCAGCAAGUGUCUGAUUGGCCAGCGCUUCAUGGCAGCGCAGGCUUGCCUCUUCUGCUCCGUGGAGUGCAAGAAGAACAGCGCUGCCUAGAUGCUCAUAAAGGUGCAACACGCUCAACUAGGAACCAGAACUCCGUGACAGUCGUGGUGAGGUAAACAUGUCAGUUAGCCUACAAAAAGAGCCAAAUGGCGUUGUGCCUUAAAGUCUACUGCACUUUUUUUUUCUACUUCAGCUCUCAUAUUACCGUAAUGGCACUGAUAAAGUGGCAACACAACUUUCUGACCCUGGCAACUACUGAUUGUUACCAUGCAACAUUCCUAUAGCUUCUUAUUGCCGGAUUAAAAUAUGAAUUUCUACAUUUCAUAAUGACUGAAUACUUUCUGAUCACAUACUGUUUGCCAAAUUGGGUGGAUUUUUUUCAUGACAAUUCCUCAGGAAGCAUUGUGAGGACGAUACAUGGCCUGCUACACCAUGUCAAUGUUAAAGUCAAGACGGCUGCCAUUACUCAGCUAUAGUUAAUGCAUACACGAAUGCAUCAUUAUGUACAGUGGCUUGAAAAAGUAUUCAUACCCCUUGAACUUUCCCACAUUUUGUCACGUUCCGACCACAAACAUAAAUAUAUUUUAUUGGCAUUUUAGAUGAAAGAUCAACACAAAGCGACACACAAUUGCGAAGUCGAAGGAAAAUUGUACAUGACUUUCAAUUUUUUUUUUUUAAAUAAAAAAACUGAAAAAUGUGGGGUGCAAAAGUAUUCAGCCCCCCGUGUCAAUACUUGGUGGAACCACCUCUCGCUGAAAUUACAGCUGCAAGUCUUUUGGGGAAUGUCUCUAGCAGCUUUGCACAUCUAGAGACUGGAAUUUUUGCCCAUUCUUCUUUGCAGAACAGCUCAAGCUCAGCAAGAUUAGAUGGAGAGCGUUUGUGAACAGCAGUUUUCAGAUCUUGCCACAAAUUCUCGACUAGAUUUAGGUCUGGACUUUGACUGGGCCAUUCUAACACAGGAAUAUGUUUUGUUUUAAACCAUUCCAUUGUAGCUCUGGCUUUAUGUUGAGGGUCGAUGUCCUGCUGGAUGGUGAACCUCCGCCCCAUUCUCAAGUCUUUUGCAGAUUCUAGCAGGUUUUCUUCCAAGAUUGUCCUGUAUUUGGCUCCAUCCAUCUUCCCAUCAACUCUGACCAGCUUCCCUGUCCCUGCUGAAGAAAAGCAGCCCCACAACAUGAUGCUGCCACCACCAUGUUUGACAGUGGGGAUGGUGUGUUGAGAGUGAUGUGCAGUGUUAGGUUUCCACCACACAUAACGUUUUGCAUUUAGGCCAAAAAGUACCACUUUGGUCUCAUCUGAUCAGAGCACCUUCUUCCACACGUUUGCUGUGUCCCCCACAUGGCUUCUGGCAAACUGCAAACAAGACUUCUUAUGGCUUUCUUUCAACAAUGGCUUUCUUCUUGCCACUCUUCCAUAAAGGCCAGUUUUGUGCAGUGCACGACUAAUUGUUGUCCUAUGGACAGACUCCCCCACCUGAGAUGUGGAUCUCUGCAGCUCUUCCAGAGUUACCGUGGGCGUCUUGGCUGCGUCUCUGAUCAGUGCUCUCCUUCUGUGGCAUGUAAGUUUCGGUGGACGGCCAUGUCUUGGUAGGUUUGCAGUUGUGCCAUACCCUUUCCAUUUCUUGAUGAUGGAUUGAACAGUGCUCCGUGAGAUGUUCAAAGCUUGGGAAAUCUUUUUAUAACCUAACCCUGCUUUAAACUUCUCCACAACUUUAUCCCUGACCUGUUUAGUGUGUUCCUUGGACUUCAUGAUGCUGUUCACUGACCAGUGUCCUCUUAGCAAACCUCUGAGGCCAUCACAGAACAGCUGUAUUUAUACUAAGGUUAGAUUACACACAGGUGGACUCCAUUUGAUCAUUAGGUCAACAGCUGAUCAUUCAGCAAUCAUCAGGCAACCUCUGAAGGCAACUGGUUACACUCAGAGAAAAGGGGGCUGAAUACUUUUGCACGCCACAUUUUUCAGUUUUUUAUUAAAAAAAAAAUUUGAAAGUCAUGUACAAUUUUCCUUCUACUUCACAAUUGUGUGUCGCCUUGUGUUGAUCUUUCAUCUAA